GGGGGCGGGCCGCGGCGCUUCCGGCGCGGCCGGACGAGGAGCGCGGCGCCGUCGGCGCGGGGGUAGGGCGGCGGCGGGGCGCCGCGAAGUGCGGAGGGGCGGCCCCGGUGAGGCCGGGCGGCCCGGGCCCCGUCAGAGCGGGGCUGUGGGGGCGGCGGGGCGCCGCGGGACCCUGGGGAGCACAGCGAGCCCGUCUGCUGCCGGCCUGCGCGGCCUCCAGCGUUGUUCCUGUCUCUAGCGAUUUGGGAAAAAACGGAGACGUUUUUCGUUCGUAUGACAGUUCUGAUAAAUAAUCCCGAAAGGGAUGAUGCAAGUGGGCCUUGGACGUUGGGAUCUGGUAGAGGAAUGCGUCAUGCAAAAGAGGGUGGUAGGGUUUGAAGGGACUGGGGAUGUUAAUCCACGUGGUAACAGCAUUCAGUUAUGUUCGGAAACUGCCCUUGCACCGGGAGUGAUGUGGUCAGCUGAUGAAAUUGCUGAGCUGUGUUACGUACAUUAUAGUACCAGACUUCCUAAGCAGGGGAAACCAGAUCCAAACAGGGAAUGGACUUUACUGGCAGCUGUUGUCAAAGUGGAGUCAGCAUCUCAAAGAGAGGUUCAUGCUAGUCCGGGGAACCUGCAGGUAAAGAAGGAAGUUGUUGCUAUGGGGACUGGAACAAAAUGUAUUGGUCAAAACAAAAUGAGAAAAACAGGGGACAUUCUGAAUGACAGUCAUGCUGAAAUUGUGGCCAAGAGGAGCUUCCAGAGGUAUCUUCUCCAUCAGAUGUGGCUGGCAGCUUCCUACCAGCAGUGCAGUAUCUUCAUUCCAGGAACCGAAACUGGAAAAUGGAAACUCAAACCAAAUAUUGUAUUUAUUUUCUUCUGCAGUCAUACCCCAUGUGGAGAUGCUUCUAUUAUUCCAAUGAGUGAACCAGAGAACCAGCCUUCUAAGCCAGUAAUUGGAGAAGAUGCAGAUGGGCCAUCAGCAAAGUGUAGUAGAAACCAUGAUCGUUUGGGUCCAGAAGAUAAAAGGAAAUUAGAGGAAAUGGCAACUAAUCCUAUAAUCAAGCGAAUGAAAACUGUUAAUGAUGAUUGUUUUUCUGUGGUCACCGAAGACCUAGCUGCUCAGCAAGUAUCUGGGAAACAAGCAAGCUUAGAAAACAAUGCAGAUCCAAAGAGCUUUGAAUAUUCUGCAGAGAUGCAAAGAGCCAAUAAGGAUGCUGGCCUAGGCAGAGCCAAGGUGGUUGAUGUUUAUAGAACUGGAGCAAAGUGUGUACCUGGAGAGUUAGGUGACGCCCAGAAACCUGGGAUAGAGUAUCACUGUGUGGGAUUAUUACGAGUGAAGCCAGGUCGUGGGGACAGAACAUGCUCCAUGUCCUGCAGCGAUAAACUAGCUCGCUGGAAUGUACUAGGGUGUCAAGGAGCUCUUCUGAUGCAUUUCUUGCAGUAUCCAGUGUAUCUGUCAGCAAUUGUAGUGGGGAAGUGUCCAUAUAGCCAAGAAGCUAUGCAAAGAGCAAUUAUUGAAAGGUGUCAGCAGAUCUCAUUUUUACCAGAUGGUUUUCUCACUCAGGAGGUUAAACUGCUGCAGUCAAAUCUUCAGUUUGAACAUAGCCGUCAGGCAAUCCAGGAAGUUCAGACUAACAGCAAAACAAAACUUGUUCCCUGUGGUGCAGCUAUCAGUUGGAGUGCAGUCCCUGAGCAACCUCUGGAUGUCACCUCAAACGGCUUCCGGCAGGGAACAACGAAGAAAGGGAUCGGCAGCCAUCAGAGCAGAUCCAAGAUCUGUAAAGUAGAACUCUUCCAUACAUUCCAAAAGCUGGUGAGAAGUAUUUCUCAAGAGAAUCUACCAGACACUCUCAGGAUGAAGACUCUAGAAACCUAUUGCGACUACAAGGAAGCUGCAUUAAAUUAUCAAGAAGCCUGGGAAGUGCUGCGUAGCCAAGCCUUGCAGGGUUGGGUCAAGAAUGCCAAGGAAUACCUGCACUUCACGUGAAAAUAUAUGUGGCUGGAUAAAUCCAGCAGUAAGCCCUGGUGUGCAGCAGAUACCUCUGCAGUUCAAGAGCCAGGAAAAGAUGUGCUCUAGUUUCUCUGCCUUACGGAGAUAGGAGUGAAAAGGAGAGCAGUUUAAAACAGCCCUUAUUUUGGUUGAGUUGAAGCCCCGUUUUUUGUGAGAUCUAAGAAAGAAUCAUUGCAGACUUAAAAUUCUGAACUGCACAAAGCAAUGUGUCACCAGUAGAAAGGAAGGAGUGGUGUGCUGUCCUCUCUUAUCUGAGAAUAUGGUCUGUCACCUAUAGUUCACUGGAAUGGGAGUAAUGUCAGCUGAAAUUGCUGUGGAAGAAAGUCUGUCACCGCAAAACUCUAGUGCUGUUUUUUCUCCCCCUCUUCAUAACUUUAUGGUUGGUUUUGUGUUGCUCGGACAACCCUAAUGUAUAGUAAGUUGUACUUCUAUAACUCUUGGCUCUCUGGUGCCUGGAAAAAUGUUCUGUUCCUCCUAGUCCCAUUGCCCCAACUGGAAAUAUUGGUUCUGUUCAGAGAUAUUUUUUCUUUUUCAUGUAAAUGUUUAUUUCUAAAAGUAGCCAACGAGAAGCAAGAUAGUGAUGGGAAGAAGACUGUGUCAAACAAUACAGCUUAUAGCACGCGCGGCAUCUUUCUUCUUUUCAGGACUUUGCCAGAUACCCCUUUAACUGCUGUUGCUUCUGUGGAUGUGAAAGAAACCUCCUGAAUUAUUUGGUUCAGUCCUAUAAAAUUGCAGGCAAAUGUUUACCUACUUUUCAGUGUUUCAAGUAUGAGUUUUUCCCAGUGAUAAAUGGUUAAUGAAAAGCAGAGAUGUCUUAGCCAUUUACCUCACUGUUUCCUGGCAAGUGUUCAUUAAUAGCCUGGCAAAGGUGGAGAUGCUUUGGGGGGACUGGAAAUAGUCUUUGGCGAUCUUUGCCUUUAUGCUUUAUUGCAAAAUAACAUCUGCAUGGCAAAACAGUCCAGAACUGCUAGCUGUUGGGAAGCAGCGUGUGAUCCUCCUUACGCUUCCCAUGCCAAUUACUGCCUUCCGAGAGCAAUUUCAGGACCAUAUAGUUGCUAGUGAGUACGUUCCCUUUUUGUACUUGUGCUACUGUAACGCAGUAUUCACAAAAUACUUGGGCAAAGCAAUGGGAGGAUGAAAGAAGUGAUAACUUGGAAUUUAAGAAUUCUUUAGUAAUCUGAGUUUUCUGUUCUUUGCUAUUUUACUGCUGUUUUGGUUUUGAAAACUGGGCAUGGCAGUUCUCAUAACAACCUUUACAGUGCAUAUACUGAGCUGCGUAUGGGACUGGACAGGUGGUAGGAGAUAUCAGAUUGCAGUCUGAGAAUUGGUUACCACAAAUCCUUUUGCUUCACACUUGGGUUGACUUUUCAAAUAAGAGGAGAUAAGGUUGAAGGAAUAACAAAGAACUUCAAUUCUCUGUGUGUAAGCCUAUCCACUCAAAUCCAGCAUUGACAUCCAGAAAGGCGAGUUAACUUGGGGAAGGAACAGACAUUCCAUGUCUGUGUAUGUGGAAGGCAGGGGAAUAUGGAGAAUGGUGACUUGCCUGAGUCAUCAUAAGCUGGAAGUCAAGCCAGAUGCCAUUGCAGAUGGGUUACUAGGUGAACUGCAGAAAAGCAACUGACAGAAAUGGUAGCAGUUUUCAGAACUGAAGAAAUAGUUCUCCAAGGGCAGAGUCUUGUUGUAGCAUAGUUAUAGAGCUAACCAGUAAAUUUCCAGGCUCCUGAAAUCUUGCAGAAACCAUACCUGUUAGUUUCCCUCUGUUAAUCAUCAACAAGGUCUGUAGUGAACUUGCAGACCAGACUGAAUUGUUCCCAUUUCCUAUCCAGCUGCAAUAUUAAAAUGGGUUACUACAUAAGGCUAGUUGUUCUGUAGUCUUGGCAUCAGACUAGUUUUCAGAUGAGCGGUUAGAUGAUGUUAAUUCUUUUAACUCUUUCCUAACAUUUGAACCUGGCUAUUAAGAGGAAUCGUUCUUGGUAAGAUUUUCCAGUGCAUUUGUAAAAUACUUGUUAACUGUAGACUGCUGCUUUCUGCUACUUGUCAGAUUUAAAAGCAGCUUUAGAGGUGCUAAAUGCUAAUACUAAGCUCACUCGUCGGGUGGAGUUGAGGGCAUGUUUGAGCCUAGAGUCAGUCACUAAAUACACAAAGAGAGGGAAGGAGUUAAAGCAGCAUUUGAAAGACUCAUUCACUAAGCUUGCAGGAUCUUACUUGAUGGCAUUUCCGAGAUUGAAAAUAGCAGUGUUUAAAUGCUACAUCUGAUUAAUUCCAAAGUGUCAGGAAAUGCUGUAGCCAGUACUGAGAAACAGCUCUGAAAAUCAGAACAGAAAAAUUCAGAGGUAACCUCUGCUUUUAGAAGAGGUAGCAAACUAAACUUCUGUCGUUGUCUGUAGAUCUUAGGAAGAAUUGCUCCUGGAAGGCAGCACUUGAUGUGUUCCAAGCUCGUAUGGCUUUGCUUUUCCAUCCUGCAAUAACUCACGUACUGAAAAGCAGAGAUGGAUAAGGUGUGGGGAGGACAUUAGAAUGCAGAGACCCUGCCACAGGAGAGCAGGUUGGGGAGUGCAGUGCCCACAGUUUAUGGUUCAUGGGGACAACCAAAUAGCUGUCACUGGGAACAGCAAAACAGAUGAGGACACAAGGAUUCCCCAGGCAUGUGUGAAUUGCUCUAUAGAGUGUAUUUGUGUUACCCAGCUAGGUCUUUGACUUUCCCAAACUAGUAUGGGCACCAAUGGUCCCUAUUUGCCAGAACAAAGAAAACUAAUCCUUUAUUUGAAUGGGAUGCCUUGAACAGCCUCACUGCCAGAGAAACCGUUCCAUUCUCAAUCAUAGUAAGAAGGCAGGGCAGACAGACUUCUUGUCUUUAAGGAAGUCAGAACCGGAGCAUAGGAAAAAACAGUUUUGUCCAGGUCCAGAAGCAAAUGAUCAACGGUUUGAGUUUGAGAGUGCAGUUUCAUGAGACAACGUGCUGGCACCCCACUGCCUCUGAAGAAGCAAGGUUCUGAUCUUAGCAUCGUGCUUCUACUCCCCAUCUCAUGCUGGCUGGAGUGUUUAUUGAUCUCAAGAGAUUCAAAGUAAUUUGAAGAUAAUUCAGAUGACUGCUCCUUGCAGAAAACCAAACUAUUGCCCCAAAACAAGAUAGCUUUUCACUAGGAGUUAAAUCGGCAAUCAGCCCAGUAAGCACUAGAGCAACAGAGGCGCCAGGACUGCAUUGCCGAGAGCAGAAAGGGGAGGAGUCAGGCUUCCUUUUUGCAGUGACAAACUAUCAGAGAGUUAUGAAACUACACCUGGAGGAAAUGCUUGAGGUAUAAGCAUGAAAAUGAAGAGCCAGUUACUUCUGGGAAGCUGCUGUUGGCAUGGAAGAAAGAAAGGUGUUACAGUAACACUGGGAACCACAUGCAGUUGAAAUGCCUAACAGUUCUUCCCCUCAAAGUGUAACCAUCCUGAGCAUCUGAAUAUAAGGGGGUUGUGGCAGCAGUGCUACAGGCAGAAUCAAGACGGUUUUUGAGGAAAGACAGUCUAAAUUCAGUUAGUACUUGCUUAUUUAUGCAGGAGAUGGUAUUUCAGGUUAGCUUCAAAGUAGGGGAUGUAGAAGCAUUAGUGUAGGAAUGGUUUUGUAUUUACUCCCUAUCUUUGUUCAGCGUUUAAACUGAAAUGCCUUCCCAGUCUCAAAGAGUUAACAGAAAAUAAAGAUGUGAUCAUAUGGAUGCCAGAUGAGCUAGACAGGUUGCUUCUAAUCAUUUUAUAAGACUGACUGUGCAGAAGGGGGCUGUUCAAAUGAAAAUCUCUUGAUCUGUUUUGUUUGUAGUUGUAGAUGCAAAAUAAAGUUACUGCUGUAGAAUCUUUA